CCGAGGCCGUUAACGGCGGCGCGGCGGGGCCGGGGCUCCAAAACAAAGGGCUGGCGGCCCGCGGGGCGGCGGCGGGAGGAUGCCUCGCGCCCUGCGGAGGUGCCAACGGCCGCAGCGCGCCCCGGGCCGCGCCGGGGCCGCGUGAGAACCGAGCCCGCGCUGACCGAGGCCCGGGCCGGAUGGCACUGCGGGCUGGGGCGCGGACCGCCGAGCGGCCGUCGAGACGUUUUCCUCUGGCCCCCGCUGUGUGGACAGGGCCACACGCCCCCUGACCCACCACGGCUCUUGCGUGCUGCUUCCGUGAGAGGCCCGCGCUGAGCGAGGACUGCCCCGCAGACAUGGUGAAGAUGACCAAGUCCAAAACCUUCCAAGCUUAUCUGCCAAACUGCCACCGCACGUACAGCUGUGUCCACUGCAGAGCCCACCUGGCCAAUCACGACGAGCUCAUCUCCAAGUCCUUUCAGGGAAGCCAGGGGCGCGCCUACCUCUUCAAUUCUGUGGUGAACGUGGGCUGCGGCCCUGCCGAGGAGAGGGUCCUUCUCACCGGCCUGCACGCUGUCGCAGACAUCUACUGUGAGAACUGCAAAACCACGCUUGGGUGGAAAUACGAACACGCCUUUGAAAGCAGUCAGAAAUACAAGGAAGGGAAAUUCAUCAUUGAGCUUGCCCACAUGAUCAAGGACAAUGGCUGGGAGUAAAGCGAAGGCUUCCUGUUCUCUUCCGAAUCCUGUUUGGCGAGAGACUUUAUUGGAAUGGAAACACAGGAGCGCCCUGGGUGACUAUUUCUUGAACUUGAACCUUGCAAGCCUGCCUCUGCCGGCCGUUCCCAUGGGUAAGGCUCCAUUUGGUCUAUGUCCUCUUCAUGUAUGUGGUCGUUUCAGAAACGUUCCAAUGACCCUUUUCUAGUGUCUCAAAUUCUAGAGGAAGAAUUAACCAGCUGAUGGCUUACCUGUCUAGUUGAUACCCUCUAGACCUGUGACUUUAAGAUCAGGUUUGGCUGCUCUUUCACAGCUGACAGAAACGAGCUGAAUCUACAGACCAGGCGGACAGGGUCUCUUUAGAGCAGGUUCACCCCUGUCGUUUAGAAGGACAGUGUUAUAGUCCACUUUUUUCCUAAUUUGCAAAAUUACAAAUUGGUUAUUUCUCUUGCAAAUGAGCUGUUAAGUCACAGUGCUCAUUUCAGAAUAUUCCAGAAGCAGUCAAAUCUGUACACGAAGGGUGUUUUUCUUAGUCUUGUUCAAAACCAGAAGAUACCAUUGAUCACAUUUUAGGUGAGCUAGAAAUAGAGAAAUGUGUUCAAUGGAACAUCCUGUUUAUUUAAGCCAAUAGCCUCCUUAUCUAGGAAUCAAGUGAACCAGUUGUUAGCAAAGACUGACCCAGGGCCUGCGGGCGCAGCUGUGCCAGGGCCAGGUCCCGGACCAGGCUCCGGAGGUGGGGCUGACGUGAGGCAGGCACUGAGCGGCUGGGCCAUGGAGCACUAGUUUAACACACUGGACUGAGUAAAUCCGACUUCCUUUUCUACUCUGAUGUACUUGAAGAAAAAUAAUUAUUUUUGCAUAUGAAAGAGGCCGGAACUAACAGGAUAAACUUUCAAACUUGAGAUUUGGUAGAUUGUUUUUAAUGUUUUCAGAAAAGGUUAAAGUUGCAAGAUAGGUUUAAACUUUAUAAAUGAGAUGUUUGGUUUGCUCAGUGGGUCGCCCUGCCUUGCCGGGCUGUCCCAUGGGCUGUCACAGAAGGGCCUGCGCAGUGUCCUAGGUCCUGAGUAGCCGCCACAUGUUUUAAGUUUUGACCCACCCCUGGGAGUGGGCACUGCACGGGUUUUGGCCAAUUUGUAAAGAAUUUAGAUCAAAAAUGUUCCCAAAUAAGUUUUGUUUCAGUGUUCUAACCCGAAUCCAGCCUGUGGGCCAGCUGCUGCUCCAGGUGUGCGGGGAGGCCUGUGGUCGCCGUGGCGUGAGGCUCACUGGAUCCCGGCGCCACGGGCAGGAAAAGGGCCCCGGGGAGCAGGGAGAGAGCCGUGUGCCCAGGUGCUUCUCAGCCUGUAGGCGAGGUUAGUCCAGUGGCAGCGAGCAUGAGCCCCUGCCCCGACCCCAGCCUCCCCUGAGCCCAGAGCCGUGGCCGUGCAGGCACUGGGCUCCUUGCCCGGUUCUGGUUCGGCUGCUCACCUGGAGCUUCCCUUUUGGGACCAUCUCUGCCCGAGUCUCGAAGCCUGGGGACACGUGGCAGCAGGAGAGCAGGCGGGUGAGGGCCCGGGGAGCCUCUGCCGCGCAUCUGGGCUGAAGGAAGGUCCUGGUGCCGCUGGGGCAGCCUCUGCCCUCGCCGAGCUCCAGCUGGCGUCCAAAGAUCUAGGCUGACCGGCCCGGCCGCGUAGCCAAGGUAGGGUUCGCUGUGCAGCGAGCAGUGGGAAACCUGAAGACGCUUCGUGCUCGCGCUGGCACGUGAAACCGCAAACACCGGCAGCUCGGUCCUUAGGGGAAACGUGGAGGGACUGAGGGACUGAGGGAGCCUUCCCUGAGUGAGUCCUCGGGGUGCAAACCUGGCCGAGACGGACACGCCCUUCUUGUUGUUCUUUUACAAGCCUCCGCUGCACCUGAGGCUCCGCCGACCAGGGACGUGGCGGCGCUGUGCCCCUACCUCUGGGCCAGGGCAGGGGCUCCUGCGUGUCUCCAGGUCUUUGCUGCCACUGAAUCUAAAAUUCUCCUGACCAGUUUUGUACAUACUAAACUUCUAUUUAAAGCUUUUAUAUGUUCUGGGCAAUUUUACUGCUCCUUCAGUUUGAGCACUUUGGUUUUGUAUCAUAUUUGAUGGCAUCAAAACCUUUUUCUUGGUCUUAUGCCUUUUGUUUUUUUAUAUAAUUGAUACAAAUAUUCUCACCACUUUUUUGUUGGUCUGCAAAACCCAAGCUCCUUUUGAAACCAAAUGAACUGAGCUGGCUUCAGGGAAGGACAUGCACGAGCCACAACUCUGUGCUGGUGUGUUCCACCCUCUCAAAUUCCGAAACAGCAAAUGUCAUCCUGACUUUUAAGUUAUUUAAACUAUUUUUUCCCUGAGUGGGAGGUGAUGCCAGGAUUACAAAUGCAUUUAACUUAAAACUGGGCUGUGUCCUCUGGCUCAGUACAUUUGCUUUAGAAACGUGGUUUAGUCUUGUUGCCGUUUUGUAUAUACAUAUAUAGUAUUUUUAUACCUUAACACUUAUUCUUGAUGGCAUCUGUCAGAUAUUAGCAAGGAUCAGAAAUGGGAAUUUUUCAAAAGUCCUUUAAUUUACCUGAUGACCUCACCAGGUACUUAGAAAAUCCAAGUGCUUUUAAUUUCUGGAAAACCACAAUGUAAGCUCCAAAGUAACCUACAGAAUGUAAACCUCAUUUGUCAAAGGCUCUGGGCCCACCUGGGGGCCGCUCCGUGGGGCUGCAGCCUGGCCUAGCCCGGAGGCCCCCCUCGGAGCUGGACUGCCAGCGCGAGCACACAGCCUCCCCCGCCUCUGUGUCAGUGUGAGGUUCAGAAAUAAAGCUUCCAUGUCCAGCGUCUCCUUUGCAGUA